UAUUUCAAACGUUUUAUUUUUAAACACGUCAUCAUAACUAUCGAUUGCAUCGAUCAAACCAGGAUAUGUUUUAAUGGCGGAUAAUGCAAUUGUAUCGUCGCAUUCAGGAAAGUGAUACAUAUUAAACUAGAGAGCGAGAUUUUAUGGGAGCAUAUUCGAUAAGCAAUAUCACGUUUAUGCUGUACUAUUAUUACACAAGCAAAUGUCUAUUUAUCUAGCGCUUUCACUAAAUUCAUCUGUUCGUGUUUUGCAAUGUCUGUUUGAUUAAUAUUGAGAGAGAGAGGUCACUGCAUUCAUCCUUCAAUUACUUCCUAUUAUUCUCGAUAUAACGCUAUUCGAUGAGCUUCGAUUGCGCAGACGCCUCUUUCUGUUUGAAUUUCGCACUACAGAAUAAGUACUUCUACACUAAAGUACAGCAUGAAACUGUGGUCUUGUCUAUGAAUGGAUUGCUACUAAUAGCUACUUCGAUACAACUGCUAAUAUUUAUCUAUCAUUGUUUUAGAACGCUUAAAAUUGCCAAAUGACUAAAAUGCAACGGAGAAGCUGUUGCAUGUCGAUCGGCAGUUUAUUCGACAUUUCAUAUAUUAGUAGUAUAUUCGAAGGACCUAUGCCCGUCUAAACAAUAUACUAAAGUUAUACUAAAAAGUUACAAUGAAAAUAAUUACUCUACUGCAUCGGACCACCCGUUUCGAGUAUGGUGAAAAUAAAUGUAAGAACAUCGUGGUGUGUUUCGCUACCGACAAAUCCUUUUCCGUAGACGAAACAAUCGAAACAAUGCGCCCCCUCAUCGGGAAAGCCUCGCAUUGCGUGUGGAAAAUGCAAGGGAGGUUACAAAGGGAGUUAAUAACGUUAAUUGAUAUGCUACACAUACCAUGCUUGUUCUCACGCUGCUAUAUAAUCAUGAGCUUCACCUUCAUCAAAUUAGUCAUCAUCCGUAACACAUGUCGGGGGAUAUUUCUAUCCGACACUUUGCGAUUGCUGACUGGUACACCUCAAUUUAACUGAACAUGAAAAUCGUUAGGAUCCUUGACAACGGAAAAGAACGUUGCAUAUACAAAUUUGAUGUAAAUUUAUAAUAUUUCUGAAAUUAUAUGCGGGAUGGUCUACUUAUAUCAAGCAUCUUAAAUUUCUCACUUGUUUUUGAUGAUAUGUAAGAAAAAAGUUGCACCGUUCAAGGGGACAAUUUGGUGACAGAAAAAGUUUUUUUUUUCAAGAUCAUUUUUCGGAGAUUUGAAGAUUGAGAUAAUUUUUUCAAUACAACUACUUUUUUUGUUUGCACGCUUUUAUACCCAACAUCGAAAAGAGUUUAACGACUUAAUAAUAUGAUCUUUAAAUGAUCUUGAACAUGGGAAAUUACAUAUGUUUAGAGGAAAUACGAAAGUCAAAUAUUUAAGUUUUUUAAUAUAAAGAUUUGCUUAAGGAGGUGUUGAAAAUGAUGCCCUCUUUAAUACAUUUUUAAAUACGAUACAUAAAUAAUACUCUUGCUCUUUCUAUCAUUUUUAAAUCUGUAAUUGCACAUGCGUCCAUAAUGUGCUGUAUCGUGUUCCUGGUACAUCGUUGUAUACAAUGUUUUUCAACAUUCCCCACAAAAUGUCUGGAGGGUUCUAAAUCAGUAGAACGUGCAGACCAAGGGUGUAUCCACCUCUUUCCCCUUCCCCUAUUCCGUAUUUCAAAAACAUUUCGUGUAAAACUAUAUGUGGAAUGUGUGUUUUAAAAGCCAGACAACCAUCAUAUUAGAGACAGGUACCACAUUUGUAAAUAAAUUUCUAACGUUUAUAUGUGUUUCUAUGUUUACAAAUACAAUAUAGAUGGGAUGUUCCACAUUGAGUUCACGAAAAAUGCAUGACAUCAAACAUAUAUAUCUAUUAUUGCGAUGUAAUAAUUGUCCAGCUCAUGUCUACAAGUAUAAUAAUCCUUAACGUGUGUAGUCCAAUAAAAAUAGUUGAAAUCAAUGUUUGCGUGUGUGAUAAUAUGAGAAUAACAUAUAUUACCACAUUUUGACGGCUUGUAUUUCGCUUUAAUCACAAUUGUGUGUCAAAUCAGUACGUACUGUGUAUGUCAACUCACCAUGUAAUGUACUUUCUGCUGGUCCAAAGCAGACUGACUCCUAUAGAUAGCAGAAAAAUGCAAAUUGCGCUUGAGCCUGCGUAAACUGGGGGACAAAGGCCAUACACUCUCUAAUAUUUCUUUAAUACGCGGCAAUUUAGUUAUUUCUCAAAAAAUGCUUUUAUUACGACACAUAUUACUGCCUAAGUGGAUCGAUAGAACUGUCCCAUCCUUCGUUUUCCACCGUGAAAUUGCAGAAAAUUACUAAAUGACAUUGCGUAUAUUGUCGCUUGUCAACCGUAGCGUCGGCGUUCGUGAAAAAAGAAUAUGUUAGAAGAAAAGACCUUUGGAAUGUUCUAUAUAAAGUCAGUCGUACACGAACAAAUCUUAUCGAGAAAGCCGUUUUAUCCAUCGCGCAAGAUGGCCCUCACUGGUGAACGUUAUUAUAACAUUUAUCGAAUUGUGUUAACGACAAUCGGCUUGUGGCCGGAUCAGAACGUUUCGCGAAUACAAACGGGCUUUUUUUUCAUCGUAUAUUUUUCUAUUAUAUUUUUUCAGGUAUCUCUUAUUUCUUUGACAAAUUGUGUUUGUAUCGCAACUUCUAACGAAAAAUAAUAUCUUUACUGUCAAUGUUAUUUAAAAUUUUCCUAGUUAACGACAUUCCUGACGACAACGACUUUAAACCUGAUGUUUAUCAUUAAGUACCUCUCAUAUUUUUUACCUUUUCUUAUUUACACCGUAAAUUAUAAUUCUUUUUAUUUCAACGUUAAAGCGAUCGGGCAAGCUUUGGAACACAUCAGAAUGGUCUGGAGCACGCUUACAGACAACGAUGAAAUAGAAAUACUGACUAAAUACACGUACAUAGCUUACAUUGUGUCACUGAUUGUGUACAUUAUCCUCAGUGUCGCGGUAUUUGGAUUCAUAUUGUUCGAAUGUUCACCCGUUAUCUUCGACGUCCUAGCGCCGAUGAAUGUGUCUCGACCGCGUACGAUCGAAAUACCCUUCGAAUUCUUCCUCGAUGUGGAUCAAUAUUUCUUUAUCUACAUAGCAUACGAGAUUCUAGUAACGGUGAUUGGACUCACUGCAAUGGUCGGCACCGGUACAUUAUUGCUUGCGAUCGGGACGCACAGUUGUGCGGAAUUUAAGAUUGCCAGGUUUCUUAACGAUAUGUUGAAUGGUUUUAAUGUAUGGUAUUUUUUUCUGAUUAUGAUCGGCGUAACGUCUUUAAGUUGCAACCUCUUUCGAUUACUUAAUGCGGUAAUACAAUUCAACAAUGUCCAUGAAUUAUUUACAUGCAUCAUGAUGUUUCUUGGUCAUAUAAUAUAUAUGUUUAUGGCGAAUUUAUGCGGACAAGCAAUUAUCGAUCACAGCACGGAGAUGUUGAAUGCGACAUAUAACACACUAUGGUAUGCAGCUCCGUUACCGAUUCAGAAAUUGUUAUUGCUCUUACAAAAAUCCGCGACGAACCAAAAGCUUAUGAUCGGUAGCAUCUUUGUCGCAUCGUUAGAAGGGUUCUCUACGCUCGUUACUUCAUCGAUCUCGUACUUUACCGUAAUGUACACCAUGAUGACGAAGAAUUAAAGAGAAUAGUCAGUCAUUCGCGAAUGGCAUAGAAGUGAACGCUUAAUCACAUGUAGAAACAGUCGUGCCGACUCAAGCAAGUAAUUAAAGCUCAUUAGGUAUGUAACUGUCCACAUAACACAUUGGCGGUCGCGAUCAAUAAAUACAGUCAGCAUAUGCCACGGACUUCUGUUAUAUCAUUUCGCCACAUUCAACUGUAUAAAGUAUUGAUACACGACGUUUAUAAAACACUUGUUAAUUAUGUUGCAGUAAAUAUCUACUAUUAUUACUGGUUUCUCUUGCACUCAUCAUUAAAUAUUCGUAUCGACUGGCGUUGAGCGUGUCGAGAUGGAAAUGUCGUCGAAAUGAAAAAAAAAUCGGAAUUCUAUAUUGAACGAUAUACUUCAAAUAUAAUAUGUUCAAUGCGUCAUAAUCACAAUCUACAAUGUUCACGAGUAUCAAAAAUAUCUGAUUAAUAACAUCAGGAAUAUUCGAGAGAAUAGAAAAAACAAGCGAUCCAAUCCAAAAUAUUAAAUAACACUGUAUGAGUAUUGUACAUAGAAAUAAACAAGUAACGCAUCAAAACGCAUCAAUUUCAUCUUAUAUAAUCAAUUCACUGCUAAUAACUCAUAUAUGAGCGAGAAAAAGGCCACAACUGAUAAUGAUUAUUAGCACCAUGAAUAACUUUGCCAGUUUUCAGUAAGUUUACAUCAAAUUUGAUACACUCAUGUUUUUGUUGCUGAUUAUGAAUUCGGAAUUAAAU